AUGGCGGGGCUUCCAUCCUGCACCUUGCGAGUGUUCUGCAGGAGUAGGCCAGUAGCGAUGAGAAACAGGAAAUCCGCCAUCCUAUUUCUUUUAGUUUCUUUCUUGCUGUUUUCUUGUAUUCAUGGUGCUCGGAAUCAUACCAGAGAUGCAAUAGCUGAGGAGAAGAUCAAGUGCAAAACGCCCGGAGAUCAGGGAGGCGGAGGUGGUGGGAUUGGUGUUGGCAUCGGUGUCGGUAUUGGUGGUGGUGGAGUUCCUGGAGGAGGUGGCGGAAGUAACGCCGCGGGCCACCACAACAGUGGCGGCGGUGGUCAUGCAAAUCCAGAACAAGGUAGAAACCCCUCUGGAAAUAAUUGUGGCUCAAGAGGAGGCGGCUGUAGCCGUGGAGUUGAAGGCGGACGUUCUGGUCACGGUGGCCCUGUGCCUGGCAGUGGUGGUGGCAGUAGUGGCGGCCAUCGAAGCCAACAGCACCCUGUGGGAGGUGGGGGUGGUAGCCAACUUCCUGGUAGAGGUGCUGGUGGUGGUGGCGGUGGAGGAAGUUCUGGAGGUGGUGAUGGGCAUCAAUGUGGGGAAGGUUGUGGGUCAAGGGGAAGUAGCGAGCCACGUGAGGGUGGAAGGAGUGGUGUUGGAAAAGGAUAUGGAUAUGGCGGUGGCGGAGGAUAUGGCGUCGGAAUCGGAUAUGGUAGCGGUCAGGGUGGUGGGUAUGGGGUCGGCAUCGGAUAUGGUAACGGCGGAAGCGGUGGCGUUGGUGAAGGAAUUGGAAUUGGCAUUGGUGGUGGCGGCAGCAGCGGUGGAGGCGGUAACUCUGGGAAAGGUGGCCACGGCCACUGA